AUGCUUGACGCCCAGGAAAACUCAACAUUAACGUCUGACCUUGAUUCCCUUCACAUAUCUCUUGAUUCACGCCCUCCUCCUGGCUUACGGACUCAUGCCAUCGCAUCUGUUACUGAGGCCCAGAAUCCAUGGUCAGAAGAGCAAUUGAAGCUCGAACUGAAGCCCGCGCAUACCCCAGAUCCAACAGUGAUUAACGCCGCUUCAUCAUCUGUCUUUGCUUCACCAGCAGACUUGAUCAACACUCUCGAUCACCAAGCGCGUGUUAGCAAGGAUGUUCUGACUCAGUUCGAUCCUUUUACAAACGAGGACGAGCUGAAUGCGCACCAGGCAUGGGCCAGCUCAGAAGGGCAUCCACCACCUGCCCGAAUCCCAUCGCGCCCCAGUAGUAGAGCACACUCCAGGUCUGCCUCGAAGGACAUCCAACGCGAUGGGCCUUCUUCCCGAUCUGGCUCACCCGCACCACAACCAUCGACUUCUUCCGCCUCAUCUGCCUUUCCCUCGCUCGCUGCAAUAGCUCGGACUUUCUCUAUCCCUAACGUGACAAAUAGAACGCGCCCUCGGCCCUUGUCAAUGGAUGCGGCCAAACCCAUUGCCACCCCCUCGCCUGCAACCAUGUCCUCAUUUGCGCAGCAACAGUCCCAGUCUACUGCGCCAUCACCCCUCUCCAAGCAGAUCCCUCUUCCGCCUGACCACACUGCCUUGAGUACCCAAAGCGCACCGGACACCCGGUCCGCGACUCCAGCUAUUGCAUCACCGUCUGGCUCAGAGUCUCCACGCAAGGAUAAAGAUAAAGACCCUUCUUUUAACUUCCAGAAAUUCCUCGACCAGAUGAAGUCUAGGGGUGCGGAACCACUUGGAAAAUAUGUGCGAUCGUUUCUCAGCAACUUUACGAAACGGACGUUUACCGUCAACGACCAGGUCAAGAUAAUCAAUGAUUUCUUGAGUUUCAUUGCCACGAAAAUGCGGGAAACUGACAUUUGGAGAAAUGCAACGGAGGAAGAAUUUGACAACGCGAUGGAAGGAAUGGAGAAACUAGUGAUGAACCGGCUUUAUGAAUACACGUACACGCCUUGUCUUCCUCUUCUUACUCCACCCCGACCAGUCACUGCUGAUGACCUCGAACGUGAUCGUGUGUUGUCUCAACGGAUUGCGCUGUUUAGCUGGGUACGACCCCGACAUCUCGAUAUACCUGAACUCGAAUCCGACGAUAACGAUGGAAAUGGAAACACUGGAUUUCUAGAAUUUGCUCAACAGGAACUUUGCAAAGUGAAUCAUUACAAGGCACCACGGGAUAAACUCAUAUGCAUUCUGAAUUGCUGCAAGAUUAUCUUUGGUUUAAUAAGACAUUUGCGCAAGGACGAAGGUGCAGACUCUUUUGUGCCGAUACUAAUUUACGUGGUAUUGAGAGCGAACCCUGAGAAUUUGCUUUCGAAUGUCGAGUUUAUAAAUCGCUUUCGAAAUCCUGCGAAGCUCCAGAGCGAGGCGGGUUACUAUCUUUCAAGCCUCAUGGGUGCUGUACAAUUUGUUGAAAGUAUGGAUCAUACCUCCCUUUCUUGUAUAUCACAGGAAGAGUUUGAAAGAAAUGUAGAAGCGGCAAUCCAAACACUCCCUCCGUUACUUCCUUCUUCACCAAUCAUAACCCAAGGCUCACAAACCCCGAAUCAACCUCUGCGUCCAUCUCCACACGCAGGAGAAGAAUCUGCACAACCGCUCGCUCUCACUGUUCCAUCAUCAGCCCAGAAUCUCACGAUUGGCGAGGAUGCUCGAAAACUAUUGCAGAAAACUGGGGAUGUGGUAUCAAAACCUCUCGGUGCUAUUAGUCGUAUAUUUAGCGAGGCACUAGAUGAGAAGAUGGGCUACCUUCCCGGACCAUUCGCACCUUUUGAGCUUGGUAGAGAAGAGAGGGAAAGACAUUGGUCACAUCCAGAGCAGGUCGCACAGUUCGCUGGUGGUCCUUCGCACGCGACGGCAGGCAAUGAGGGACUUCAGGCGCCCAUGCAAACACCUUACAAGCCCCGCGUGCGUCGUACAUCACCCGUCCCAACUCCACUCAUGCACCCGGGGUACCCGUACGGAGCCGACGAAACCUCAAGUAGACCUGGCUCUAGAGGGCCAUAUGUACACCAAGGACUUGGUCCUGCCCAAUCAUUACCUCCCCCGAAUGCUAUUCCACAGCACCUUCAAACACUUUCUGUAGGCCAACAGAUAUCUCGUACGCCCACCCCCUCACUCGACCUUACUGCUGUUGAAGCAGAAAUCGAUCGUGCGCAUGCACAAGCGAGCGCUGCUGCUCGUGCGACUCUGGCCCAGAUCUUCCCAGGAGUGGAUGCAGAAGUACGCGACUGGGUACUGGAGGCCAACGGAGGGGAUUUGGGCAAGAGCAUAGAAGGGCUCUUGGAUAUGGCUGGAGGAUCGUGA